AGAUGCAGAUGGUGCAAUUCUAGUCGUCUGCUACGUAUAUGCACUGUAUAGUUGGGAAAAUCUUAGGUUGUAUCCUAUAGUUUUUAGAGAUUUAACAGUUCAUUCCAGCGUAUAAUUCAGUAUAUUUUACUUAUUAGUUUCAUGUACUUCGGUUAAACUCAAUGGCGGAUACAAACAAGAAGAUUCAAGAGGGUUUAGAAUUAAUUAGAUCUGCUGAAAAAUUUCUGAAGACGUCAUUGUUGAAAUGGCGUCCAGAAUAUGAACUUGCCGCUGAUGAAUACAACAAAGCAGCCACAUGCUUCCGUAUUGCCAAAUCUUUUGAGCAGUGCAAGGAGUGCUUGUUGAAGGCAGCUGAAUGUCACAAGCAAAAUCGAUCAUGGUUUCAUGCUGCAAAGAGUAUCGAGCAAGCAUUGCUAGUGAGCAAAGACCUCGGAGAUCUGCGGGAGGUGUCACAGCUGGCUGAGAGAGCCUGUAGCCUGUACCAGCAGCAUGGUUCCUAUGACGCAGGUGCCGGAGUGCUGGACAAGGCUGCCAAGAUACUGGAGCAGACACAACCUGAGCAGGCUCUGGCACUGUAUCAGCGAGCUGCUGACGUUUGCAUGGGAGAAGAUAGUACUCGACAAGCUGCUGAAUAUAUCAGUAAGACUGCACGAAUCCUUGUCAAACUACAGCUGUACGACAAGGCAGCCACUGCUAUCCGUCAGGAGAUAGGGCUACACCAGCAGUCAGAACACCUGCCAGCUAUCGGCCGGUUGGCUGUGGCCUUGGUCCUCGUACAGUUGGCCAGGGGCGACACAGUUGCGGCAGAGAAGGCGUUCAAGGAGUGGGGAAACUGUUGUGAGGCUCCGGAGGUGCAGACGCUGGAGAUGUUGCUGACAGCUUACGAUGAGGAGGAUCCAGAUGCUGCCUGCAGAGCCCUCAACAGUCCUUUCAUCAAGCACAUGGAUGUGGAAUACUCGAGGCUGGCUCGAGAUCUGCCACUGCCCAAGGGCCCGGAUGUGGCUCCACCCAAGGCUUCUGUUAUACCUGGUGCGGCUCCCUCGUACGUGUCUCCCAACGCCAACAAGCCUCAGGGAGAUAACAGUUCCGAUGCAGGGAAGGGGGAGGCAGAAACACCUGCAAAUGCUAAGGAGGGCAGUGAUGACGAGUAUGACGAAGGUCUGUGCUAAACUACUGACAAGACUGAUGGAGGUCAGGUCGGACACUAUCCUGUGAUAAUCUGCAGAGAUCACACAUCAACACAGCAUCAGCUUGUCACCUCUACACCCGCUAUAGUUGUUCCAAGUUUAGUGUAAAUUGUACUGUCUCAUGUUUAACUCAGUUGUUCAUGUACAUACAAUUUAUUUGCUGUGAAUCCAAUGUUAGUGAAGCUUUACAUUUCAAAAGAGCAUGUCCUGAAGUUUUCUGGUAAAUUCGAAGGUCCUAAGCAGCCUGUGAUCUUUAAAGCUAAAGGGUUAGAAAAGUACAUAGUGAAGUUGCAGAAAUGUGUUAUUUUUUUCACUAAUAUUUUCUACUCGCAUGGAUUAAAUUUUUACUUCUUUUAAAUCAUCACUGGUAUAUCGUCAUAUAUUUGUAGUGUGUCCAGUUUAAUUAUAUUUUAUUUAAAAGGAACUGAUAUUUAAUAUCUAAAAUUGGCUUACAUGUAUAAUAAAAAUGUAUUUAUUAGUUUGUGUACAUAAAGAAAUUAAUACUCCAAUUGUGAACAAAAUAUCAGUACAAAUAAAGCAAUCAAGUCAAAAGAAAUUUGAUCAAUAAUAUAAAAAGAAUAAUAAUAUAAAUUAAUUUAUAACAGUUUAAAAUUUGAUCUAAAAUUUUACGUACUACACAACCCUAGAAAUAACUUUAUUAGGAAUUAAGGUAUUAAAACAAGUUUAGGACAUUUUGCUAUAAAUUUAGAGAAACAA